AUGGGUGAAUUCGUCCAAAGAGAAACGACAUUGCCAACUCUGCAAGCCAUGCUUCCUCUGGGUGGCUGUAUCAUUGCAGAUGCUAAACAACAUGAAGUUGUUGUAGAAUCAAGAAAGGCCUUUGUUCUUGCCAAGCCAUACCUUGGCCGAAUGGAGAAGGGGAAGAAAGAAGUUUGUACACCCCUACUUGUAAUCACACUUUGUUCCCUAUUCAUUGCAACUUCAGCCAAUGUUCCGCCUGCCAAAACCUUCAAAUACAUCAAUGAAGGCUCAUUCGGCGAAUAUUCUGUUGAAUACAGUGCAGAUUAUCGUACCUUAAACAUUGUCAACUUCCCCUUUACACUUUGUUUCUUUAAUUCUACCCCAAAUGCCUUUAUCCUUGGGCUACGAAUGGGCCAUCGAAGAUCUGAAUCCGUUAUGCGAUGGGUAUGGGAGGCUAAUCGUGGCAAGCCUGUUCGAGAAAACGCCACUCUAACCUUUGGUGCGGAUGGGAAUUUGAAACUAACUGAUGUCGAUGGCACGGUAGCUUGGCAUACCAAUACUGCCAACAAGGGUGUGACAGGGCUAAAACUCUUGCAUAAUGGUAACUUGGUUUUACAUGAUAAAAAUGAUAGAUUUGUUUGGCAAAGUUUUGAACACCCAACUGAUACACUUUUGGUGGGUCAAGCUUUAAGGGCUAAAGGCCCAUCUAGGCUUGUUAGUCGAAAAUCUAGCAAAGAACCUGUUGAUGGGCCUUAUAGCUUUGUCCUGGAAGGGAGACAUUGGGCCAUGUAUUAUGGAAGUGUAAAUUCACAAAGGCCUUUGCCAUACUUCAAAUCAGACGAUUAUGGCAAUGGGAAAGGCUCUUUAGCUAACUUUGAUUCUAUUGUGAGUCAGAAUAGUGCAAACCAUGCUUUUGAGUUAGGAUUUGGGUUUAACAUGACAAAUUCUCCUAGCUCUGGCACAUCCAUUUUUACUAGGCCCAAAUACAAUAGCACAUACACUAUGUUUAGAGUUGACAUGGAUGGUAAUCUAAGAAUGUACACUUAUGAACCAAAUGUUGAUUGGCGGGCAUGGGAGAUCACAUAUCAACUUUUCAAUAGGGGCAACGAUGGGAAAAGCGAAUGCAAGCUCCCGAGGAGGUGUGGAUCAUUGGGCGUUUGCGAGGACAGCCAGUGUGUGGCGUGUCCGAGCCCUCGAGGCUUGGUUGGGUGGAGCAAGGGUUGUGCACCACCAAAUUUGCCACCAUGCAGGGGAGGAUCGAAGGUGGACUAUUACAAGGUUGAAGGAGUUGAACAUUUCACUAGUGAUUAUAAUGAAGGUACUGGACCUAUGAAACUAAGUGAAUGCAAAAAUAGGUGCAAUAAAGAUUGCAAGUGCGUGGGCUUUUUCUAUAGAGAGGAGUCAUCAAAGUGCUUGGUUGUACCCGAGCUUGGAGCUUUGGUUAAAAUGGAAAAUUCCUCCCAUGUUGGCUACAUCAAGAUCUCAAAGUAGAUGAAGUUAUAACUGAUUGUAUUUAUAUUAAGCAAAAAUUUUCCCUGUUAAUUUACUUUUAAUGUGAUUUUGACAAAAAGAUUAUAAAUAAUAAAAGCUUUAGCAUGCCAGAUUUUGUUAAUCCGGACCAGAGAGUAAGUUUGAAAUCCACCUGUAAUUUAAUACGAUCAUAAGUCAUAACUGCAAAGUCUUUCUUGACCAUUUGGAAUAAAUCCUCUGCUGAUACAUACUACAGAGACACAAAAGGAUUAAAAAGAAAAGAAAGGAAGAAAGAAGAAUAACCUUUUAAGCAAAAAAACAAAAGAGACACUAUAUGAAUAACAUGGACUAAAUAGUGGCUUACUUUAUAUAACCAAGUGCUGAAAUACUACAACUAUCAUGACUACUGCGGAAAUAUAAUUGAUGCCCAGUGUAGUAGCUGGGGAGUAAUUAAUUUAAUUUACAGCAGUAAUUAAGCAGUGGAAAACUCGCUUCACAAAUUUCCAAAAGACAGUUAUUUCAUUGACAGAAACUGAUUAUCUAACUAAAUUAUUUAAGACUAAUUAAGACUUCAGUAUAUAUAACUUAAUAACCUACUAAUAAGAAAUAAA